AUGGCCAACCAGGUGGUUUGGAAGUGCCAACCAUGUGGCCGCACGUGUGGAAAGACGGCGGAGUUUUGUGCUCAAUGUGGCCAGCACUGGUCCAAGGUAGCCGAGGGCUACACCGGUCAAGGCUGGCGACACAGCUGGAGAUCCGAGGCAAGCGACGGGCAAUACCCGCAGUCGCCCCGCCGGAGAUCCCCUCGCAAGCGCCCGCCCAAGGGGCCCGGGCAGAAAGGCGGGAAGCAGCAGGGACAGCCACAGCCGGUCAAAGGCGGCAAAGGUGGCAAGUCCGAGCCAUCCAGACCCUCGCUGGACUCCUUGCCUGCACCUCCGCCAGCUCCGGUGGUUGUGGGGCCCAAGACUGCUACCACUCCGGCCCCCACGUCUGGGGUGCCGUCAGCAGAGCGGGCCCAGCUCGAAGCUUUGACAGGCUGCCUCUUUGCAGCCAAGGAUGCCUUGCCUGCGGAAGUCAGGGAGACUCUGGAACGCCUGCAGCUGGUGGAGACACAGUCAACGGCCAAGGACCUCCACAAAGCAGUGGCGGCCCAGUCGCAGGCGAAGAAGCAGCUCCUACACGUGCAGGCCUCCAGGGCGUCCUAUCUGGAGGCUUGGCAUACCUACGUGGACAAAGUGUCCAGCCUCUUGCAGACACAGCUCAACGAGCAAAUCGAGCAACUUACGGCUUUCGACGAAACAGAGCUACAGUGGACUACGGCUCUGGAAAAGGCGUCCAUGGACCUCGCACGCCUUGCAAGAUCCUCUUCGAAUCCGGCCGAGCAAGUCGAGAUGGAGUGCGACGAGGAGGAGGACCAUCUGGCCGACACGGACAUCCGGACGGAGCGCGAGCUCUCGCAAAGGCGAGAGAAGCAGCUACAUGCAUCCCGGCAGCUGGUGGCUUCUAUCGAGUCGGUACGACUCAAUGCUCAGGAGCAGCUCCAGCAGCAUGGAAGGGAAGGAUCACGGACGCCCAGACGGCGCAAAGCGGAUGUGGACCUCACCAAGGAAGAGAACCUCGAGGAAUCCAAUCGACAAUCCGGGCCUGCCGAUUCAGGGCAGGAUGGUGGCGGCAGCAAGGAUGGCAAGAAUGGCGACAAUGCUGAAGACUUCGUGGACGAGUGGUGUGCCAGUUUUUCUGGUGCAGCCUUGGCGCAUGAAGUAUCCCUUUUUGAACUGGACCUGGAAGUGGAGCAUACUUUCUGGACAGAUCCGCGACACGCCGCCGGGCAGUAUGACUUUGAGGAGGCAGCUUGGGAUACGCUGCCGACUCAGAGCUGCGACUAUGAAGCUCUGGAAGUUUUCUUCACGGAGAGCUACGCCGACGCCCACUGCAAACGCGAUGGUCAGACAGUCCUUUCGGGCACAGCGCUAACUUCUCGGACGUUCCGAGUUCCCACCCUGCACAUGGCCAAGCAGGUGGUAGAGCUUGACGAAGUUCGAGGAAUUAGCCGAGCUGCUCUUGAAAGUGCCAAUCAGCGCGCCCGUGCCCUAUCCUCCGCUCUCACAUUCUUCCCGAGCGUCGAGGUUCGUGAGCGCUACAAGGUCGGUUCCGUGUCGAACCUUGGCGCCAAUUGCAAUGUGCACAAUGAUGCAUCAACCGAGCUGCCCUGCACAUCAUCACCAAAUCCCCUACGGCGCUGCAAGGUCGGUUCCCUGUCGAACCUUGGCGCCAUCUGCUCCCUUCCGCCAGUGCAAAGUGAGCUGCACAUCAAAAGCCUCGAUGACAAGCAUGCCUCCCCUUACCGAGUUGUCAGCUGGCCCCAACAACCACCUGGGCGCUACAAGGUCGGUUCCGUGUCGAACCUUGGCGCUGCCAGCUCUCGGAUCAAUGACGCUGUGCUCUGGACACACUCCAGCAUGGCUUCUAUGUGUGCAAAUGCUCGACUGCCCUGCGACACACCACAGGACCUGUCACAGCGCUACAAGGUCGGUUCCCUGUCGAACCUUGGCGCCUACUCUCCUCCUGUCGCAGCCCCAGCGUCGCCUGCACUCUCUGUGCCGACUGCGCGCUCUAUGCCUAAGGCCAGCGCAAUCACCGAUCUGCACAUGAUCAUUGCAGCACAGGUCCAAAUUGGACCAGAAUGGCUGGCAGGCCCCUUCCUGAACACUGAUGCAAGGAGCCUAACGCGCAUGCAACUCGAGCCUGCCGCGGCAGAUCGUGACACCCGCUACACGAUCCUCGAAUACCGCAGUGACACCAUUGUGCGACGGUCCAUGCCCGCCUGGACUCCACUUGAGUAUGUUGCACACGCUAUCAGACAGGUGCCUUACCGAGUUCAAAGGGCUUACUUCCUUGAGGUGCCACUGCCUGGUUACCCAUGCCCCCAGAUCCUUCUCACUCCUGCUGGUCUGCCUCUUGGGCAUCGGACCCUGCCAAUCGAUCUUCGACCACUUCAGGGUCUGCUGCAUGUGGUUAGAGUUCCCUGCGGCCUUGAAACCCCGGCACUAUGGGACACUCUGCAAGACAAGGGUGUUGAAGACCUGGAUGCCCUAGCAACGGCCACCCGCGACGGCCGGCUAACACUGACGGACCAAAAUGGCCGCAUUGUUCAACAUACCCGACCAUUGCCUGAGCAGCAAUGGUUGAUAACACCAGGCAUCGAGGAGGACUUGCCACCUACUUUUGUUCUGCGCUACGUCGGUGGUGGGCCGCUGACCUUCCGGUUACCCCGGCCGCCACAGCCGAUAGAGCCGCCCAGACAUGCCACGGCCGCUGAAAUUGAAGCCUUACGUGCUGCCGAGCAUCCUGGGCCCGCGUGGCCCGAUACCACCUCCACGACCACAGCCAUGUGCGCUGCGCAAAAGACCGUUGAAAGGCCUGCCUCAAAACCUCCUGGAAUGCCCGAGCCAGACAUCGAGCCACCCUCUCUACUUCAACGAGUCGCGGCCCAAGCUGACGGAAAGCUUGGACAGACUAGUCGGCCACAAGAAGUGCCCUCCAUUCUGCCCGGGUACCUCGAGCGCGAUUGUCUCCAGCAGGAAAGCGUCGAUGUUUACUCAUGGGGUGCGACUGCAGGCGCGCCCAAUCAUGCUUACACCAUCUUUGAUGUUGUCAGACAUGCCACGACUCGGCCGCGCCCCAGAGAAGGCACUCUGACUGCGAUCAUCCGCGCAGCAGUGCUUGAAGCGCCUUUCCCUGUCGGCGCUGUUCAGGUGCUCAUGAAGGGUGUUCAGGGAUUGCCGCAGCCGCAACUGGUUUUGCACCAAAGGACGCCGUUGAUAGACUUCGACCAGUGCUGCCCGCGGCAACUGCUUCGAGUGUUUGUCCUUCUCCCGUACACCUGGCCACUGCAUGUCGGAACAUUCCACCCGCCAGAGGGCGGCUGUUUGGUCCUUGGUAUUCACCACGGCCUUGCUCAACUUGAUGACUGCCCACCAGCCAUGCUGGAGACAUACCACACCAGGGCGGUCAGCAUCAGCGAAAGGCAGCGCAUGCUCCACAACCGCAAAGACCUCCUUACAACGAUGGUAGACUGCCCAUGCAUCGAAGGUGCUUUCCGAUGCAGCGAUGCUGAGCCCAGCGAUACCGGUGCACUUUGGGCUCAUAACCUAUGCGAAUCUGGACCCGGUGCAGAGGCUACCUCAAAGCCUGGCCCCACCAUCCUGUCGCUUGACCAGCUCAUUGCACAACACGCCGAACGUCGAGAGGCCGGGGGACUCCUCACUGGAGUUUCUGCAGAUAUGUUCCCAUUCUUGUUUGAACAGUAUAGCCUUGCACUCUUCAGUCCUGAGUGGCAGCAUAUCCCUGAUGUGCCGUCCACCACACGGCAAUUUCUAGAUGGUCUCCGGACCUUGCCCUCAGGUGCCAAACCAGCCGCCAUCCAAUUUUUUGUCGAUGGGUCUUUCUUCCCCGCCGAACAUGGACCCAUUAAGUGCGGGUGGGCCAUUUGUGCUCUCGCAUACUACCAACAAGAAUGGCAAUGGGUUGGCUGGCUAGCCGCAGGUACUGAUCCGGAUGGGGACCACAGCUCGCUCUGUGAACCGGUCAAGUCCUCAUAUGAGACUGAAUUGUCUGCUCUUUGUUUUGCAUUGACAUGCGCAGUCAGCAUGCAAGUGCCUUGCUUGUUUGGGUUCGAUUCGACGUCAGCUGCAGCAACCGCCGCAGCUGAUGCCGUCGACAAAAAUGGGUCAGCGUUAGCUUCAGCUUGUGCGUCGCUCGUGCAUUUGCUGCAACUGCAGGGAUGCGCCCCACUCUGGCAUCAUAUCCGUUCACAUCAGGGGCAUCCCCUGAAUGAGUUCGUUGACGCCACAGCCAAGUUCGCUGCAAAGACGAUGACCUCCUGCCAUAUCCCCACUUCCCUCUCUGAAGCACAGCACGAUGGUACCCUGCCCUGGAUCUGGCUCGCUACAGGAUUGCACCCUUCCGUUCCUCGGGUUGAUCAGAGUGGGAUACUCCGAGAUGCUGCACAGCUCCAAGGGGAUGCCCAUACACUUCACUCUGUGUUGCCUAGCCCUGCGGCUAUGAAGGGUCAGGUCUCCUUUGAUUUCCAGGCUGUAACCUACAACUGCCUGACUCUUAAGUCACAGGCGCAGCAGGAGAGCUUGGCCGAGCAAUUCAACAAGCACCACAGCAGCGUCAUAGGUCUGCAGGAGACCAGGACCACCCUCACAGAGCGCAAAGCCAACCGCCACUUCCAUGUUAUUGGAGGCCCAGCCCAAAAUGGGCAUCUUGGUUGCCAACUCUGGUUGGCACGGAGCAGGCCAGUCGCUUUUUGCGGCAAGACUCCCAUAACAUGGGACCCCACUACCUUUUGUGUGAUUCUGGCCACCCCGCGGCUUUUGCUUGUGACCGCCAAGGCAGCUGACCAAACCUUUGCGUUCCUUGUGGGCCACAGUCCCACUGCCAAGGCUGGUCAAGCCGCCUGCGAACUGUUUUGGCAGCACAUGCACUCAGCAUUGCGGCGCAUCCCGACGAACUCCAUACCCCUUGUCCUUGUCGAUGCCAAUGCCAAAAAUUUUGGGGCCCGGGGUGACCUUGAUGAAAUAGCAGAACCCCAUCAUAAUCACGAAGGUUUUGCCAACCUAGUCGCAAGUCAUGCCCUCACCACAUCGGGGCACGUUGCACAUGAUGGGCAAGAAUUCGUUUCUUGGACAGGCCCAGACGGACAGACAGCCUGCAUUGACUAUGUCCUGUGCCCUACACAGCUCGCCCAGGGCAUGUGUAUACUGGGACCAUUGCCAGGCUUCGUUGGUUAUCUCGACCAUGACCACAAACCGAUUGCCACCCAGAUUCGAUGGCAAACUUCUGGCAGUGUCCGUAGCCCCAAUGCGCGCCUCAAUGGUGACAGCCUCCACACAGCCGCUGGCCGACAAGCUCUCCGGCAGGCUUAUCAAAACAUGCCGCCAGUCCCGUGGGAGGUUUCCGUUGAUGAGCAUCUACGGCGCAUCAAUCAGCAUGUCAUUGACAAUCUGCAGCAAGUUUGCGUUCGCUCAGGCAACAAGCCCAGAGACCGGACCACUUCCGACCACACCUGGGCACUCAUUCGCGACAGACGCCAUUUACGGCGAGAAGUUCACCGCACCCGUGACACCAGCCUCGCGCCGGAGUAUCACACCAUGCUUGGAGAACAGAUCAAAGACCUCGGUCGACUCAUCCGAGCUGCGGCGAUCCGAAAAGCCUUUGACUCCGCGCGCGAGUCUGGAAUUGACACGCUCCACAGGCUCUGCCGCAGCAUCACCAAAUCUGGGCGAAGAUACCGCGCGCCCAGCCUCUGCCCAGCGCUGCGUGCCAAGUCGGGCCAGGUUGAAGACGAUUCCUACAAGGUGCUUGGAGACCACUUUGCCGAAGCUGAGUUAGGCCAGCAUUGUGCUCCGACUGAAAUCGCCACCCGCGAGCCCCUGUAUGAGCCACAGGACUUUUUGCUUCCAAACGCGUUCUCCGUGGCCUCACUCAGCCGUGCCUUUGCCAGCCUGACAGCCAAGCGUGCUUCCGGAGGAUCUCAAAUCCCUGUUGAGGCCUACAAAUUCGCACCCCUCGCCGCAGCACAUUGCCAUGCCCCCUUACUGCUCAAAUGCUUGCUGCGCCGCCAGUGCCCAAUUCUCUGGCGCGGAGGGAUCGCGACUGCGAUCCCGAAACCCCUCAAGCCCGCAGAUUCUGUCGAAGGAUGGCGCAGCAUCCUCUUGCUCGAGGCGGGAGCUAAAGGAAUUGCGAAGGCUAUUAGAAACGACCUUCUGCAGGGAUAUAGUCAACUCCGUCAAGCUGGCCAGAGCGGGUCCAUGCCAGGACAGCCGCUUCAAGUUUCUAUGGCACAUGUAAGAGGCCUUGUGAAGCGAAUCAAGGCGUCAGGCCAAAGCGGCGGUAUCUUGUUUGUAGACGGCAGAGCAGCAUUUUAUUCCGUGCUUCGAGAGGCCCUCCUCGGCACAGACAGUGCGCAGCCACAGCAGUUUGUUGAAAAGCUCGCUGAGCUUGUUUUCCACACCAGGGAAAAGCAAUCUGCCUUCAUUCUUGCUGCGCUUGGUCCAGGGCUCUUACAACAGACCGGCGUUCCCCUUGCUGUGAGAAGAUAUGUUGCGGCUGGUUUGGACCGCACGUGGUUCAGUGUUGGGCAGUCGCCGCGACACGUCUAUGAAACACGUUGCGGCUCUGUUCCGGGAGCACCUCUCGCUGAUCUGUAUUUUCAGAUCAUCUUCAGCCAGGUUCUUGCUAAUAUCUAUGCGGGGCUUGAUGAAAAUGGGUUGAUCGCAAACUGCCCUGGCACCUCAGCUUCCUCACAGCUCAGCCUGCCCAUCCCCACAUGGAUGGAUGACAUCGCCGUGCCAGUACUCGCACCCAAACCCUGCCAGCUUCUUGACCGGGCUGCGCAGGCGGUACGUGUCGUCGACACUGCCAUGCAUGCUGCAGGGAUUCGGCUUAAUUUCUCGCGAGGCAAGACCGAAUUCCUUGCAGUGAUUGGCGGCGAGGGUAGCAGACAACUCAGACAAGAAUGGUUGUGUGCCAACGGUGCGACUUUUACCGUACCCUUGGAGACCGCACCCAUUACCGUACACCUUACGGGGAGCUACAUCCAUCUGGGGUCUGAGAUUGCCUUUUCUGGCAAGGACGGUCCUGACAUUUUCAGACGGCGAAGCCUUGCUCGUCGCCUCACAACUGACCUGAGCAAGCUCAUGCACAACAGCUGCCUGUCGACUGAGGAAAGGCUCAACAUGCUCAUCGCGAUGCCACUGGCCCGCUUCCGGCACGGUGCUGGACUCUGGUCCCUUGAGUUCACUCAGGACCAGCACGCCUACCAGAGUGCAUAUAUCGAGCCCUUUCGCAAAUACUUCCGUGCACUCACCGGCAUCACUUCGCAAGGGCUUGAUGACCACCAACUCUGCCUAUGCCUUGGCAUCUUAACUGCAGCUCAGAUGCGCGAAGUUGACUUGACGCGCCACGUCGGAUGGCUGGCAGCAGACGGUUCCUCGGUCCUCCGUGAACUCUGGCUCACAUCAGGACCUUGGUUCCAAGAAGCGCAGAGGGCAGUCAAAGCCUGCAGUGCGCACCUCGGCAUCCGUCCCACUACUGCAUGGGAAGCACUCCUUGCCAAGCCUUGCCUUGCUAAACAGUGGGCGCGCAGCUACGCUCGGCGAUGCCGCAAAAUACAGCGGCAAUUGCAACCCGCCGCACUGCGUCGAUGGCAAACAUACCAUGAUGCGCAGCAGCAAGGAGCAUUUUUCUUGCAUGUCCGGGAGCGCGCCCGCACAGUUGGCCUCUCCUGCCCUGAAUGCCAAUGUCACUUUGGCAACCCGGCGGCGCUGGGCUCCCAUCGCAGAAAGGUGCAUGGUGUGGCCGCACGAGCCACACAAGUCACAUUCGGCACUCGCUGUGAGGUAUGCUCUACAGAGUACUGGAGUACUCGACGCCUCCGCGAACACCUCAGGCGAAGCUCAACAUGCCUCAAAGUCUGGGAAGCGGCAGACAGAGAGGUAGAGGCCCCCGCUAAUGAUGCUGGACAUGAAUGGCUGCCCUCAGCCAAAGCUUGCGGGCCCAGACCAUGGUGGGCAACCUUGCAGCCUGAAGACCCACCAGAGCCAAGCCCACAAGCAGCCCUACCCAGUGCUGCGAUUUUUGCCAAAUGGCUCGGAGGCGAGAGCUCCAAGAUUUCAGCCAGCCAACUGCUGGAUCUUGUCGAGAAGGGAAUACGAUUUCGACUCACUGAUGACGAUCUCCCCCUCGCCUCUCUUCACAUGCCAGCUGCCACAUAUAGCCUCGUCCAGCAUGCAAUGUGGGCAGCGCAAACGAUUCUCGCGCAGAGCGCAGGAUCGCAGGAGGAUUCCUUCUGGCGCGUUUCGGUACAGGGAAUGCGCGUCAUUUUCUGGCCGAACGGUGUGCGCACCGCGGCCACAAACUGGUCGGAGCUCCCCACGGAGUGGGCCUUUGACUAG